UCAGCACAAGUUGGUAAUCUUUGAACCGGCUUAUGACAUUUCAAUGACAGCUGAUUUUUCCAAAACUGGAAAUUUAAACCUUUUUUGGAAAAUUACACUUCAAUAACCAAAAUAAUGCUGUAAAGGCAAGUCUCCACAACCGCAUAAUGGAGCACUUACUCAGGGGCAAGUUUGGCCGCAUUAUUAUAAGUUCUUAUUCCAAUAACCCACUGAAGUAUGGACCACGUAAACUAUACCAAAGAAAUUACGGUAGUCUUUGGGGCGGCCGAGCUCUUGAAAGGUCGCGCCCAUUGUUUCACCAGCAUUAUAAAUACCAGCGAAGGGAGUAUGGAAUGUUGAUAGUUAGAGCUUUAAGGGGGGUUUUAAAAAUACGGUACUUGCUGCUGGGAGGCGCUGUGGCAGGAGGGGGGGCGUUGCAAAAGAAAUACCAAGACUGGAAGGAUGGAAUGCCCGACUUGAAAUGGCUGGAUGAUGUCCUUCCUGACAAUGAAAAGUGGCAAGAAUGGCGCGGGAAUUUGAUCGAGUUUAAGGACAACAUUAAGAACAAUAUUUCAAUUGAUCCUAGGAUCAAGUCAUUGACUGAGUCAAAGUUAAGCGAGUUUAGGACGUGGUUUGACCAGCGAUUGGAUGACGCAAUAGCGGCCGCUGAGCAGCAAGACGGUCAGCUUCCUCCCGCUAUUGAUGGUGUUUUCUCCGGCCUUUCCGAGUUUGUAGACAGACUGUACUCAGAUACGAAAGAAAUGAAUACAGUGUUUGCAAAACCAUUUGGUGAUCCAGAACGAGAGGAAAGAGCGCGACGUGACGCCCAAACUCGCUUAAAUAACUUACAAGAUGAAAUAAUCCAAACACAAAUCAAAUAUCAAAAAGAAUUAGAACGACUUGAAAAAGAAAAUAAGGAAUUACGCAAACAAAACUUGCUACUAAAGCAAGGCAAAAAGCCACCCUCUAGAAAAAUCAAACGCAGUUUGAUCGACAUGUACAGCGAAGUUUUGGACGAACUCGCUGACUUUGAUAGUGGGUACAACACCCAAGACCAGUUACCCAGAGUUGUGGUUGUUGGUGAUCAAAGUAGUGGCAAGACUUCGGUCUUGGAAAUGAUUGCCCAAGCUAGGAUUUUUCCCAGAGGAGGAGGCGAAAUGAUGACGAGGGCACCGGUUAAAGUCACAUUGUCUGAAGGACCGUAUCAUGUGGCCCAGUUUAGGGAUUCCACCAGAGAGUUUGAUUUAACGAAAGAAUCGGAUUUGGCGGAUUUGAGGCGUGAGGUGGAAUUGAGGAUGAGGAAUAGUGUCAAAGGGGGGAAGACGGUAUCGAGUGAGGUGAUUUCAAUGACGGUUAAGGGGCCAGGGCUGCAAAGGAUGGUUCUAGUGGACUUGCCAGGUAUUAUUUCGACGGUCACUACGGACAUGGCGUCAGACACCCGCGAAUGCAUUAAGCAAAUGACCCAAACCUACAUGAACAACCCAAACGCCAUAAUUUUAUGCAUCCAAGACGGCGCCGUCGAUGCCGAAAGAAGCAACGUGACCGAUCUAGUAUCACAAUGCGACCCUCAAGGCAAACGAACAAUUUUCGUUUUAACCAAAGUGGACUUGGCUGAAGAAAAUUUAGCCGAUCCGAACAGAAUACGCAAAAUCCUCUCCGGCAAACUGUUCCCCAUGAAAGCCCUCGGCUACUUCGCCGUCGUCACGGGUCGAGGCCGCAAAGACGACCCGAUCCAGACCAUCAAAGACUACGAGGAAAACUUUUUCAAAAACUCGAAACUGUUCAAAGACGGCGUCAUUCGCUCGACGCAAGUCACCACGCGCAACUUGAGCCUUGCAGUGGCCGAUUGUUUCUGGAAAAUGGUCCGGGAAACAGUCGAGCAGCAAGCGGACGCGUUCAAAGCCCGCCGUUUUAAUCUCGAAACCGAGUGGAAAAACAAUUUCCCCCGAAUUCGGGAGCAAGAUAGAGACGAGUUGUUCGAACGAGCGCGUUCGGAAAUCCUCGAUGAAGUGGUUAACUUGUCACAAGUUAGUCCCAAGCAGUGGGAAGAGUGUCUCAUGAGUAAAAUCUGGGAGAAGGUUUCGAGUCAUGUGUUCGAAAACAUUUAUCUGCCGUCGGCACAAACCGGAAGUUCGGAAACGUUCAAUACUUCUGUUGAUAUUAAGUUGAGGCAGUGGGCCGAGCAGGCGCUUCCGGCCCAGUCGGUUGAGUCAGGCUGGGAAACUUUGCAACAGGAGUUUCAGAAGUUUAUGAGUAAAGCAAAGGAGGCGCCAGAUCAUGACGAUGUUUUCGAUUUGCUGAAAGCAGCGGUUGUUAGUGAGGCCAUGCAGAGGCACUCCUGGGAGGACAAAGCGUCGGAAAUGUUGAGAGUUAUUCAGUUGAACACUUUGGAGGAUCGGACAGUUGGUGAUAAACGAGACUGGGAUGCGGCUGUGAAAUUCCUCGAGAAUAGUGUUAAAGACAAGUUGAAGCAGACGGAAGACUUGUUGAGGGAUAUUUUGGGGCCUUCGGCGAAAGAACGGUGGCUGUACUGGAAGUACCAAAGUGAGGAACAGGCCAAAAGAAGCGCCGUUAAGUCAGAAUUAGACAAAAUCCUCUACUCUAAUGAAAAACACCCUCCUCUGCUUAGUUACGACGAAUUAACCACAAUUAGGAACAAUUUACUGCAACGUAACAGUAUAGAGGUUGAUAAUGAGUUUAUACGCGAAGUGUGGUUCCCCGUUUACAGGCGUCAUUUUUUGAAACAGUCACUUGUGAAAGCGUACGAUUGUCGAAAGUCGUUUUAUUUGUAUCACCAACAAGCCGAUGUUGAUUGUUCCGAUGUUGUCCUCUUUCACCGAAUUCAACAAAUGAUGAAAGUUACAGCAAAUGCGCUUAGGCAACAAAUAACAAAUCGUGAAGCCCGGAGGUUAGAUAAAGAAAUUAAAGAAGUGUUGGAGGAUUACAGCCAGGAUGGUGACAAGAAGGAGACGCUACUUACAGGCAGGAGGGUCACGCUAGCUGAGGAACUGAAGCGGGUCCGCCAGAUCCAGGAGAAGCUGGAAGAGUUCAUCCAGGCGCUGAACAAGGAAAAGAGCAAAGGUAAUACGAAGUUUAAAAUUGGUAUUUUGAAUACUGCAGGAACGUUGUUGUUGUGAGGAGUCAAGUUCGUUUAUUGUUAAGCGAGUAAAAAGUAGUUUCUCUUUAUUUUUAUUUAUGUACUGGCAAAUUUGCAUUUUAUAAACCAAUUUUUGUUUUUAUUUGAAUAAAUUGUUUAACUCAGUAUUACCCGUUGUUUGUUAUGUGUUUCCCCUGAUUGUUCAAAUGAACGAAAUCGGCACUGAUAAGAUAACAUGAGGUAUGUGUGUAUGGAAUUCCUAUUAAGCUGUUUGUAAUAUCAAACAAUAUUAAUCUGAGCGAGAUAAGUGAUGCUUUUAACGAAAGAUAAAGCAUUUUAUGUAAAACGUUUUAAUGUAAAUUGUUAUAGUUAUAAUAAAAAAUGAGCGGAAAUGUGAUCAAAUGUGUUGCUGUGGGGGACGGUUUUGUUGGCAAAACGACUCUGCUUAUGAGGUUAUGUGGAAAAGAAAUUGAUAAAAAUUACACACCAACUAUAUUUGAGAAUCAUUCCAUAAGUACUGUACACAAUGGACAGAACUAUGAUAUUGUACUUUUUGACACAGCUGGCCAGGAAGACUAUAGCCUGUUAAGGAAACAAGUUUAUGAAUCUGCGGAUGUGUUUUUAAUAUGCUUUGAUGUUACAAACGCGAGUUCUUUCGCAAAUGUUAAAACAGUCGUAAUGGAUACCGGAAAUCGAAGAAAUCGGGAUAAGCCAACAAGCGAAAAUUUUAUUGGGAACAAAAUGUGAUCUGCGCUGUGAUCCUGAAACGAUCGAUCGGCUAAAUGCCAAUCGUGAGAUUUUCAUCAGUGAAAAUAUGGCAAAAAAACUGGCCGAAAGUCACAACAUGAAAUACGUAGAAUGCUCGGCAUUUAUAGAA